AUGUCUUCAACAACACAACAACAAACUCAAGAUAAAACCAGCAAGGAUUAUUACUUUGAUAGCUAUUCUCACUUUGGAAUUCAUGAGGAGAUGCUCAAGGAUGGUAUUAGAACCAACGCCUACAAGAAUGCAAUUCUCCAAAACAAACAUCUUUUCAAAGAUAAAGUUGUUCUCGACAUUGGAUGCGGAACAGGUAUUUUAUGCCUUUUUGCUGCAAAGGCUGGUGCCAAGAGAGUCAUUGGUAUUGAUAUGAGUGAUAUCAUUGAUAAGGCCAAACAAAUCGUUUCCGAUAAUGGCUAUUCUCACGUUAUUGAGUUAAUCAAGGGUAAAGUUGAAGACAUUGCUCAAUUACCAUUCGGAAUUGAAAAAGUAGACAUCAUCAUUAGCGAAUGGAUGGGAUACUUUUUAUUAUAUGAAAGCAUGUUACAAACUGUUCUUAGCGCUCGUGAUAGAUGGUUGAAACCAGGUGGUUAUCUUUUCCCUGACAAAUGCACCAUGUACAUUUGUGGUAUUGAAGAUUCAGAAUAUAAGAGGGAUAAGAUUGAUUUCUGGGACAAUGUUUAUGGAUUUAAUUUUAGUGCCAUCAAAGCAGACGCUUUAAGAGAACCUUUGGUUGACUUUGUUGAAUCACAACAAAUCGUUACUACUCAAUCCAAGUUUUUAGAAAUUGAUUUGAAUACUAUUCAACCUGAAGAUUUGAAGCACAUUUCUGCUAGCUUUGAAUUUACAUCACAAUACCAAGAAUAUUGUCAAGCAUUUGUUGCUUGGUUUGAUUGUGUUUUUUCUCGCGGACCUCACAAACCUGUUGAAUUCUCUACUGGACCAUUUACUGAAGGUACUCACUGGAAACAAACAGUUUUCUAUUUAGAACAUGAUUUGCCUUUGAAGCCUAACGAUGUGGUUAAGGGCACUAUGACCAUUUCUCAAAACAAGAGCAAUCAUCGUGACUUGGAUAUUUCCAUGAAGUAUACAGUUAAUGGUGGAGCUGUAAUCUCACAAGAUUAUAUCAUGAGAUAA